GCUGUGUGGGGUGAUGGUUGUGGUUUCUGUUGGUGAUGUCUCCAGAGUGAUGUUCCGGCUUACUGCUUCAGACCUGUAGAAGCUCAUUUUGAUUUAACAGCCUUGCAGCACCUCUAGAUUUGAUUAAAUAAGAUAGAUAGAUAGUGUGUUUUGAAAGAAUAUGUAAAAUAACAUAUUAAGAAGACAACCCUUCAUCUGUUCAUCAUCUCUGUGGCAGUAAUGGUACCAUCUGAAGUGUCCAUCAUGGGACAUCUAGGAGCCACUCACUGCUGCCUGUAGCUGCCACAACUGGCCUGGGAUUGACACCCUGAAGCUUGGAAUGUACAUUCUGCCAGGAAGUCGAGGAAUCAAGCCCAUCUUGAACAGUUUCCACAGAGUCAUUGCCUCACACUCCAUAUACUGGAUCAGAGCAUAGACUUAUCCUUUUUGGGACCAGACUACUGAGUGCUGACAAGCUGCAGAAAUAAGGAUCAAGUCUCUGCUUUCUACUGCCUGAGGCUGUCUUGCGCAUCUUAGCAGAAGCCCAGCACAUCCUGAGACUGUGACCAAACUGGAAAACACCAAAUUUGAGGGUCAUCUGGUUCCAGGGAAUCAGAAAAAUCCAAAUAAACUUGAAAGUGCCGCAGCAGCGUAACAGGAAACAGACCAGAGGGAGCCACUUCAGGACUCAGGGAUCUGCUUGAUUUACUAUCCUUUUUACAACAAGACAGUGGGCAGAGGAGAGUACCACUCACCAUGUACUCCCCUCAGAGUCUCCACCGCUGGGGCAUCACUCAUAGUGAGAGUAUGGAGCGGUUAGCCUACAGCCAGGCUGUGCGAGACCCCAUGGCCAUGGAGCGAGCCAACCUGCUGAACAUGGCCAAGCUGAGUAUUAAAGGGCUGAUCGAGUCGGCUCUGAGCUUCGGACGAACUCUGGACUCUGACUACCCACCCCUCCAGCAGUUCUUUGUUGUCAUGGAGCACUGCCUUAAACAUGGCCUCAGAGUGAAGAAGUCCUUUCUGGGCUUUAACAAGUCUCUGUGGGGUCCUCUGGAGCUGGUGGAGAAACUGUGUCCUGAAGCAGCAGAGAUCUCCGCCUCUGUACGAGACCUGCCUGGACUUAAGACUCCAUUAGGCAGGGCCAGAGCUUGGUUGCGUCUGGCUCUCAUGCAGAAACGGCUGGCCGACUACCUACGACUCCUCAUCACCAGAAAAGACCUGCUCAGUGAUUUCUAUGAGAAUUCAGCCCUGAUGCUGGAGGAGGAGGGAGCCGUGAUAGUGGGCCUGCUGGUGGGCCUGAAUGUCAUCGAUGCCAACCUGUGUGUCAAAGGCGAGGACCUGGACUCUCAGGUUGGGGUGAUCGACUUCUCCAUGUACUUGAAGAAUGACAUUGAUGAUUACAGGAGUGAAGAGAGGAAUAGCCAGAUAGCAUCCAUCUUGGAUCAGAAGAACUACGUCGAGGAACUGAACCGACAACUCAACUCCACAGUUCAUGGUCUUCAGGGCAGAGUGGACUCUCUAGAGAAGUCCAACUCUAAACUCAUAGAGGAGUUAGCCAUAGCCAAGAACAACAUCAUCAAACUACAGGAAGAAAACCAGCAGCUGAGGAGUGAAAACAGCCUUAUUCUGAUGAAGACACAACAACAUUUAGAGGUAACCCAAGGUGAUGCGUCAGUGGAGAGAGAUACAUACAAACAGUCACGUCAGGGUUUGGAUGAGAUGUACAGCGAGGCUCAAAGGCAACUGAAGGAGGAGUGUCAGCUCAGACAGGAUGUGGAAACUGAGCUGUUAGUCCAGGUGUCGAUGAAACAGGAAAUGGAGAUGGCCAUGAAACUUCUGGAAAAAGAUAUUCAUGAAAAACAGGACACACUGAUCGGACUGAGACAUCAACUGGAUGAAGUCAAAGUUAUCAAUGUAGAGAUGUACCAGAAGAUGCAGUCAUCUGAUGAGGAGAUGAAGAAGAAGAACGACGUGAUCACUCGUCUGGAGGAGAAGACCAAUCAGAUCACUGCCACCAUGAAGCAGCUGGAGCAAAGAUUACAGGAGGCAGAGAAGCACCGCACCUCAGCCGAGGAGGGAACCAGACGCUUCAAGUUGGACUUUGCCAACAAGGCCGACAGCCUGCAGCGGCAGAUCGAACACAGAGAAAAGCAACUCCAGCAGCUGGAGACGGACCUGAAGAUAGAGAGGGAGUGGAGGCAGACGUUACAAAAUGAUCUAGGCAGAGAGAGGGAUACGGUGGCUCAGCUCAGCACAGAGGCGCUGCAGAUCAACGGACUAAAGAAGGAGUUCCAUCGUCUCCAGGAUGAAAACAUUCAGCUGAAGACCGUCUGUGAGGACCAAGAACAAGCUCUCGAGGAACUAGGCUCCAAACUGAGCGAAUCCAAACUGAAGAUUGCGGACAUCAAAGAAGCCAACAAAGCUCUUCAGGGGGGUCAGGUUUGGUUGAAGGACAAAGAAGCCAGCCACUGCAAGCUGUGUGAGAAAGAGUUCUCCAUCUCAAGACGAAAGCACCACUGUAGGAACUGUGGGGAGAUUUUCUGUAACAGCUGCUCUGACAAUGAGCUCCCUCUGCCCGCCUCACCGAAACCAGUCCGAGUCUGUGACACCUGCCACGCCCUCCUCCUCCAGCGAUGCUCCUCCAAUCCAACGUGAAGGAGCCCCACACUGCUGUCGUGACUGCUUCAAACAAUCAGAGAUCCGAAUCAGCACCCUCCGGUCCUCUGUAAGAACCAUCUCCCAACUUCUCUCAACACACAGUUUGCUGCUAGAAAUGGACCGUGUGCAUAAGCAAAGACAUUUGUCUUCAUUUACAGGUUGAAUAGGUCCCUCAUAGAUAAAAUGAGGGGCUCCUGCAUCAUUGUAACCCGUCUUUGUUUGACGUCACUACGUUCUUUGCAGAUGCUUCGCAGUAUACAUUAAAACAUCUCAUGUAAUCAGGAGGCAAUCGCCCACUACAACAUAGGCUGACAUGUCUUACAUUGAAAUCGAAGGAGUGAGAAUCUUUGGUGUGCUUUAAUAUCAUAAACAAUCAUUAUCUAUCCUAAAAAUACAUCAGUUAUACAGAUUAAAUCAUCUACAGUACAUUUAGAUAUUAAUGACCUUUGACAGAGAGUCAUGCAAAACAGAACUGUCUGAGGACAGAGCUCUGCCAUGAAAGGAGGAACCACUUUACUAUGAACUGAAAGUGAAACGGCACUGACUGUGAUGAGCACUGCUGCAGCUAAAUGCAGAUCCUCAACCAACCUUCAGUCUUAUGCAGUAAUGCAUCAUUAUAAUGUAUGUAUCAAGCAUCAAACUGUAUACAUUAAGUGUAUAGCCAAACAGAUGAAAUUUUAUAUAAUUUAUUCACACAGUAUCGUGGCCUUGUAAGUGAGUCAGACUGCAAAACACCCUCUUUUGAGGUGGAGUGACAUUAACACAAACAUAAAGCACUAUUUACACAGGCACAAAAGACUAGGUCAACGUGGCAGGGUAAGUCCAACUUUACUACACACUAAACUGAAAUAUAAACUGGAUACAUUUGUUUAGUUUGCUGUGAAAAGAUCAGAACCGUUUUAAUUGCAGUCGUUUCACAGGAGCAACAUGGGAAUAUAUUUUGUGAUAAAGACCUUUCUACAAACUAAUUCCAGGAACGUUCCCAGCUUCAAGCAGGUUUUCUCUGCUGACAUUAUGACCAGACUAGUUCCUCAUGGGGCUGUGGCUUUCAAAGGAACUGAAAGUUGGUUUUUUUUAACAACAUUGGCCCUGUUUGUGCCUGUGUAAAUGCAGUGAAUAUUACUUACUUGUGCUUCUCAUGUUGCCAAAAUGAGCCCUAGAUUUCUAGAGCGGGUUUCUGUAGAGAAAAUCUAAAAUAUUUAAAAGUAGCAACACUAGCCUAUACUAGCCAAGCAAGCAGUUUAGAUUAAAGACACAUUUCACUGUUUGUUUGAGACACUAAUGCAGUGGAUGCUGCUUUAAGGACCAAGAAGAGCAACAGAUGACAUUGUGAUCUCUGGCGACAGAUUGAAAUCAGACCAACUGGCUCUUUAGUUGAUGAACCACUGACAGCUAGCUCACAACACGACCACUUCACUGACUACUUAGUGAACAGAGUGUGAGUGUUACACACUUCUGACACCAUAGCCACAAAGUAUGUUUGAACACUUGCCAAUCCUAUAUUACGUGUAAUAUAGAUGAAUUUCAGAGUAUUUAUAUUUGAUUUGUUUUUUGCGCAUUCAUUUUUAUUUUCAAAAGUCCAGGGAACUAAUUUGAGCUUUUCCCUGUUCACUUGAAGUUAGUUGUAAUCUGUGCAGAUGGAGACGUUAUAGAAGGACCACACUUUACUGCUGCUCCAUUCCUGAGAGGGAAAGUUUGAAACUCUAAACCAUUUUUGUAUUUGUGUUGUUAAACUAAUGCUGAUGACUGUAAAGUAGUCUUUAGUCAUGGGUUCUGCUGCACACUCUGGUUUUGUACCUAAACACGUUUACAACCUGUGACUUUUUAAGAACUGGAAGUAUUCAUUCCCAUGAAGAGACAAAACAGGCCUGGGUUCAUUUCAGUAUGGUUUUCAAAUAUUUAAAACAAACUCACCAAUUUAUCAUAACAUCAUUAAGUACUAUAGGCAAAUGUUUCUGAAUUGCACCCAGGCCUAAACCUUUUGUACAGUUUCACUCUUAUAAAUCCCAGCUUUCAAUGGGACUUGUACAGUGUUGAUACCACUGUAUGUACAUAUUGUUGAUAAUCACUGUGGCCCUUUAGCUUACUAAAUCCUGCCAGUUUAAUAUUAACUCUAUUGCCAACAGUGUGUUGCCUUGACUGUGUAGCAGUUUCUGAUUAAAUCACGAUACAAUCGUUUGUACAUGUUGUUUACUGUCAUUUUAAUGUACAUGAUUGAAAUGUCUUCUGUGAACAUUUA